AUGUCCAGCAUUUUUGGCAGCAUCACAGUAGAGACUCCGAAGUACUCCGUUGUGAAAGCCCUAGCAGGUGCUAGUGGUGCUGAAUUGCGGAAAUAUUGCCCCCAAGUCCGGGCCGAAGUUCUUUAUGACAUUGCACCAAAUCACGGAAUUAUGGACGGCCUGAACGCACCUUUUCGAGCUCUUGCGGGCAGGGUCUGCAAACGAGCUGUUCCCUGCUUACUCCAAUCCGCCCAGGUCGCCAUGACGGCGCCUGUGGUCAUGCAGACCGGGGCCACAGAGGGGCCGUCAGAGAAGAUCGCCAUGACUGCGCCAGUCGUCAUGCAGACCGGGACCACCGAGGCUGCCGGCGCUUCGGAAGGCCCCGCCGGCGGCAACAAGCGCGUCAUGAGCUUCAUCAUGCCCAGCCAGUACAAGAGUGUGGUGGACCUGCCGGCUCCUAAAGACCCGCGCGUGAGAUUGUUUGAGGUUCCGGAGCGGACCUUUGCGGCGAUCCGGUUCCACGGCAGAAUGACGCAGGCUGUGGCCAAGGUGAAGGAGCAGGAGCUGCGUGCGGCUGCAGCGAAGGCCGACGUCAAGCUAUCUGACGAGCCUCACGCGGUGCAAUACUGCGCCUACAACCCACCGUGGUGCCUGCCAUGGUUCGCCACCAACGACAUUCUGAUCCCCGUUGCGGAGUAA